AUGUUACUUGCCUCUAAGGUCUGUGCGAAACCGAAGGUGUUAAUUAAGUUUACGAACGCGCACUGCGAGUCCUUCAAUAAAUCCUGGGCUGUGAUAAAUGAAUGCCGAUUGCAUGCUCUAAGGCGCGACGUUGCGUCUCUGAAUAUAAACAUCACAUUUCGGCAUCCUGCUAACGAUAUAAAGUUGUACUUGGUUUUCUUGAAGAAAGCCAAUGGUUAUAAACCGUUUGUACUGAAUUCGACUGUCGAUGCUUGCGAGUAUAUUAUCAAGAAGAAUAACCCUAUAGUCAAUUUAGUGUAUACGAUCUUUAAAUCCUUCAGCAACAUAAACCACACGUGUCCAUAUGUGGGUGAUCAACUGUUGUUGAACUUUUAUCCGAAGAAUGAGCUCAUUACAUUAUUUCUACCGAACGGUGAUUAUGUUUUGCUUAUGGACUGGAUCUUGAGCAAGAAGAAAACGUUCACUACCAAUGUAUAUUUCUCAUUUUACGGAUGA